AUGUCUCCCUCAGCCUACACCGAGGCCGCCGCCCCCGGCGAGCGUCCCUCUCGCCCCCUAGCCCGCGGCAUCUACGUCCCGACGGUGGCCUUUUUCGACCCCGAGACGGACGAGCUGGACGUCAAGACGGUCUCGCGGCACGCCGUCCGCCUGGCCAAAGCGGGCGUUGCCGGGCUCGCCGUGCAGGGCUCCAACGGCGAGGCCGCGCACCUGCUGCACGACGAGCGCAACGCCAUCACCAAGGCGACGCGCGCCGCCCUCGACGCCGCGGGCUUCGCGGCCAUGCCGCUCAUUGUCGGCUGCGGCGCGCAGUCCGUCGUCGAGGCCGUCAGCCUGUGUCGCCAGGCGGCCGCCAACGGGGGCGACUACGCGCUGGUGCUGCCGCCGAGCUACUACGCGGGCCUCUUUGACGCGGCGACGACGGUCGAGGGCUUCUUCACGGCCGUGGCGGACGCCUCGCCGGUGCCCGUCAUCAUCUACAACUACCCGGGCGCGACGCCCGGCAUCGACAUCAACUCGGACGUGCUGGUCCGGCUGAGCCGCCACGCCAACAUUGUCGGCUGCAAGUUCACCUGCGGCAACACGGGCAAGCUGGGCCGCGUGGCCGCCGCCGUGCGCAAGUCCGGAGAGAGCUUCGUCUGCUUCGCCGGCAGCGCGGACUUUACCCUGUCGGCGCACACGAGCGGCGCGGCGGGCGUCAUUGGCGGGCUGGCGAAUGUCUCGCCGCGGGCCAACGUCAGGCUGUGGCAGCUUGCCGAGGCUGGCAGCGACAAGGCCAAGGAGGCGGCGGAGCUGCAGGCCGUGCUGGCGGCGGGCGACUGGGUGGCGAUCCAGACGGGCGUCGUGGGCGUCAAGGCGGCGAUGCAGGCGUUCUUUGGGUACGGCGGGUGGGCGAGGAGGCCCUUGCCGAGGCCGGACGAGGUCAAGGUCAAGGGGAUUCAGGAGGGCAUGAGGGAGAUGAUGGAGGUUGAGGAGUCGCUGGCUGAUGUUGCGUAG